AUGUCAUCCAACACCAACCGAAAUACUUACGAAUCACUUGGUCUAACUAAAAAACAAUUCAAUCUUAAUCGUCAUUUAAAUUCGGAUAAUAUAAAGUCUAUAUUAUAUUAUAAUGAUUUUCAUAUACCUUUUCAUCAUUAUAUUCAAUGUACAAGAUGUGAUGGAAAUCAUUUGGUUGAAACAAAUUAUACUACUAACAAUUUAAUGAGUAGUAUAUUAAAAGAACAACAAUAUAAAGGUUACUGUAAUGAUAAUACUGCAUGUCCUUGCAAUAUGAUCAAGUUAAAUACAAUGAAACCGAAUCAAUCUUGUUACAAAGCGCAAUAUACCAACGAUUCAACAAACUGUUGUCAACCAUAUUAUCCUUUGUGUAAUUAUCAUCAUCAUCAUGAACAAAUGAAUAAUUAUAGAUGUGAACAUUGUUCAUGUCAAUGUUGUAUUCAAUCGAAAUUGACUAGUUCGAUGAUUCCAUCAUGUUUCUAUUGUGAAAAAUCCCAUGAAUGA